AUGGACCCCGCUACCAUUUGGGUGCAGAGAAAAAGUCCCGCGUCACCGAUGUCACUCGACGCCACCACCUGCACCCACUGCAACCGGCCUGAGGCUCCAACGCCUGUAGCGCCAGGAGUCCAGAUUUGA